GAGUAAAUGAUCACCCAAAACAAAGUGUAUCUCGUUCCGUCUCACAUUUUCGUCUCGACUUUGUUUUCGUUUUCGUUUUGGUUUUCGUUUUCUUUGCCGUUUUUGGACCCAGAGUGCAUUAUAAUACGAUCCCGUCUUUGUCUUUCUCAAUGAUAGUGCAUCCCUGUCGCACCCCCUUCUCUCUUUUCCUGUUCCUCGUCCCCCUUUUCUUUUGGAGAGCGCGAGAGAUACGUCUUUGGCGGGAGUAACAUGCAGUCGCUGUUUGUUGUUUUUGUGUGCAGUGGGGACACAGAAAGUGAAUCAGCAACAACAAUACGUACACCACCACCUUCACCGGAACCCACCACAUCUGUAAAGGCCAACUCCAACACUCGAGUGGACCCCCAGCGGCCACUAAGGUGCCUGGAAACACUCGCCCAGAAGGCGGGCAUCAGUUUCGACGAGGACUUUACCAGGAGUCCAUCCCAAUCGCCCAGUUCUAAGGCAGCACGUGGAUCAGCCGGAACGCCAUCCAUCCGACGGCGCCACCCACUACUGCCGCUCAGCUGCAGAUCGCCAAGCACACCCAACUCGAAGACAACCGGCCGCAAACUGGAGAAGUCACAGAGUCCAGCCCAACAGGUGGCGGCCGCCACCAAUGUGCCGCUCCAGAUUUCCCCCGAGCAGCUGCAGCAGUUAUAUGCCAACAAUCCCUACGCCAUUCAGGUGAAGCAAGAGUUUCCCACGCACACGACCGGCAACAGUGGAACUGAGCUAAAGCAUGCGACCAACAUUAUGGAAGUUCAGCAGCAGUUGCAGCUGCAACAGCAGCUGUCGGAAGCCAGUGGUGGAGGAGCAGCCUCGGCCGGCGCCGGAGGAGCAGCUAGUCCAGCCAACUCGCAGCAAAGCCAGCAACAGCAGCACUCCACAGCCAUCAGCACCAUGUCGCCAAUGCAACUGGCAGCGGCCACCGGAGGAGUGGGCGGGGAUUGGACGCAGGGAAGGACGGUGCAGUUGAUGCAACCAUCCACCAGCUUCCUGUACCCCCAAAUGAUUGUGUCGGGCAAUCUGUUGCAUCCAGGCGGCCUCGGUCAGCAGCCCAUCCAGGUGAUCACCGCCGGCAAGCCCUUCCAGGGUAACGGCCCCCAGAUGCUUACCACCACGACGCAGAACGCCAAGCAAAUGAUCGGUGGCCAAGCGGGAUUCGCCGGCGGCAAUUACGCCACAUGUAUUCCUUCGAACCACAAUCAGUCGCCUCAGACGGUGCUCAUCUCUCCGGUGAAUGUCAUCUCCCCCUCGCCACAGCAGCAGCAGAAUCUACUGCAAUCAAUGGCCGCCGCCGCUCAGCAACAGCAACUCACCCAACAGCAGCAGCAACAGCUUAACCAGCAGCAACAGCAGCUCAACCAGCAGCAGCAACAGCAACAGCUGACAGCUGCUCUGGCCAAAGUGGGAGUGGAUGCGCAGGGCAAACUGGCUCAGAAAGUGGUUCAGAAAGUGACCACCACCAGCAGCACAGUGCAGGCGGCGACGGGUCCUGGAUCCACUGGGUCGACACAGACACAGCAGGUGCAGCAGGUUCAGCAACAGCAGCAGCAGACCACCCAAACUACUCAGCAGUGCGUCCAGGUUUCACAGUCGACUUUACCAGUCGGUGUAGGCGCACAGUCUGUUCAGACUGCUCAACUUUUGAACGCUGGCCAAGCGCAACAAAUGCAGAUCCCUUGGUUCUGGCAGAAUGCGACAGGACUGCAGCCCUUUGGCUCCAACCAGAUCAUCCUGCGAAACCAGCCAGACGGGACACAAGGCAUGUUCAUUCAACAGCAACCGGCAACGCAAACUUUGCAGACCCAGCAAAACCAGAUUAUCCAGUGCAACGUGACGCAGACGCCCACUAAGGCACGUACCCAACUGGAUGCACUUGCUCCCAAGCAGCAGCAGCAGCAGGUCGGCACUACCAACCAGACGCAGCAGCAGCAACUAGCGGUGGCUACUGCCCAGUUGCAACAACAGCAGCAGCAACUCACUGCAGCAGCUCUGCAGCGGCCAGGAGCCCCGAUCAUGCCCCACAAUGGAACUCAAGUGCGUCCGGCCAGUUCCGUAUCCACGCAGACUGCGCAAAACCAGAGCCUGCUGAAGGCCAAAAUGCGCAACAAGCAGCAGCCGGUGCGCCCGGCUUUAUCCACAUUGAAAACCGAAAUCGGUCAGGUCGCGGGCCAAAAUAAGGUGGUAGGUCACCUGACCACAGUGCAGCAACAGCAACAGGCGACGAAUCUCCAGCAGGUGGUCAAUGCGGCGGGCAACAAAAUGGUUGUGAUGAGCACAACGGGCACUCCCAUCACACUACAGAAUGGACAGACCCUUCAUGCAGCCACUACGGCAGGAGUGGACAAGCAGCAACAGAUACAACUAAUUGAGAAACAACAGUUACAACUCCUACAGCAAAUGCAACAGCAGAUUGCUGCCAUGCAGCAAAUGCAGCGUCAACAGGUCCAGCAACCACAGCAGCCACAGGUCACUCAGCAGCAGCAAGUUAACGCCCAGCAACAGCAAGCGGUGGCGCAACAACAACAGGCAGUGGCGCAGGCGCAGCAACAGCAAAGGGAGCAGCAGCAGCAAGGUGUCCAAGCACAGGCGCAGCACCAACAGGCGCUCGCUAAUGCCACUCAGCAAAUCCUUCAGGUGGCGCCAAAUCAGUUCAUCACGUCCCACCAGCAACAGCAGCAGCAGCAACUUCACAACCAACUGAUACAGCAGCAACUGCAGCAACAGGCGCAGGCACAGGUUCAAGCCCAAGUGCAGGCUCAAGCGCAACAGCAACAACAGCAGCGAGAGCAGCAACAAAACAUUAUUCAGCAGAUUGUAGUGCAUCAGUCGGCUGGAGCGACAGCCCAACAACAGCAGCAGCAAACGCAUCAGCAGUCCGGUCAGUUGCAGCUUAGCAGCGUGCCCUUUUCAGUUCAUCAGACAUCAUCGAUGUCGGCGGACGAUAUUGCCGGAAUAACAUCCAGUGCCCUACAGGAGGCUCUCUCGGCCUCUGGCGCCAUUUUUCAGACAACCAAGCCGGGUACUUGCAGUUCCUCUUCACUCCCAACAAGCAGUGUGGUCACAAUUACCAGCCAGAGUACCACUCCUCUGGUCACCAGCAGUACGGUGGCCAGUAUGCAACAGGCUCAGGCGCAAGGUACCCAGAUCCACCAACAUCAGCAGCUAAUCAGCGCCACAAUUGCCGGAGGAAAUCAACAGCCGCAGCAGCAACUAGGACUACCUUCACUUACACCCACCACGCCCUCACCUACAACAAAUCCCAUACUGGCCAUGACCUCGAUGAUGAAUGCCACAGUGGGUCACCUAUCUACUGCUCCGCCCGUGAGUGUUUCUAGCACCGCUGUCACUCCAUCAACGGGACAGCUGGUAACACUAAGCAGUGCUAGUAGCGGUGGAGGAGGAGGCUUUCCAUCCACGCCUACCAAGGAUACUCCAUCGAAAGGGCCCACCGCGACCCUGGUGCCAAUUAGUUCGCCCAAGACGCCAGUAUCAGGAAAGGACACCUGCACUACCCCCAAAUCCUCCACUCCUGCCACUGUCAGCGCAUCCGUAGAAGCCAGUAGUUCCACAAGUGAAGCCCUGUCCAAUGGAGAAGCCUCGGAUAGGUCUUCCACGCCUUCAAAGGGCGCUACCACUCCCACCAGCAAGCAAAGCAAUGCAGUGCAGCCACCGAGUAGCACUACUCCCAGUGCCAGUGGGAAAGAAGAGCCCAAGCUGGCAACCUCCGGCAGCUUAACGUCCGCAACAUCAACUUCUACCACGACGACGAUCACCAAUGGAAUUGGAGUAGCCAAAACGACAGCCACGACCACUACUGGCUCAACCACCACAACCACCAGUUCUGGCACCUUUACCACAAGUUGUACCAGCACAACAACAACCACCACGUCGAGCAUCAGUAAUGGAUCGAAGGAUCUCCCCAAGGCGAUGAUUAAGCCAAACGUCCUAUCUCACGUAAUCGAUGGUUUCAUCAUCCAAGAGGCCAACGAACCAUUUCCCGUCACUAGACAGCGAUAUGCAGACAAAGACGUCAGCGAUGAGCCGCCAAAGAAAAAGGCAACCAUGCAGGAGGACAUCAAGCUAGGUGGAAUGGCAUCAGGUCCAGGCUCGGACAUGGUUGCUUGCGAGCAGUGUGGAAAGAUGGAGCACAAAGCAAAGCUCAAACGGAAGCGCUACUGCUCGCCAGGAUGCUCGAGGCAGGCAAAGAACGGCAUCGGAGGAGGUGGAACAGCAGAGACCAACGGCCUGGGGACAGGCGGUAUAGUUGGGGUAGACGCCAUGGCAUUGGUGGACAGACUAGAUGAAGCCAUGGCCGAGGAAAAAAUGCAGACAGAAUCAUUCCAGACAAUUUCCGAGGCUUUGCCAAUUCAAGCGGCUACACCGGAGGUUCCACCGAUUUCAAUGCCAGUGCUAGGGGCUAUGUCUACAUCUUCCCCACUUUCGUUGCCCCUGACAUUACCCUUGCCGAUUGCAAUAGCUCCCACUGUGUCAUUGCCAGUGAUUUCAGCUGGAGUGGUUACGCCAGUUCUAUCAUUACCAUCCUCUAAUGUAAAUGGAACCGAUCGCCCUCCCAUCAGCAGUUGGAGUGUGGAAGAAGUUAGCAAUUUCAUUCGAGAACUGCCGGGUUGUCAGGACUACGUGGACGACUUUAUACAGCAGGAGAUCGAUGGCCAAGCGCUUCUGCUGCUCAAGGAGAACCAUUUGGUAAACGCAAUGGGCAUGAAGCUGGGUCCAGCACUAAAGAUUGUGGCCAAGGUGGAGUCCAUUAAGGAGGUCCCGCCAGCCGAUGUAAAGGAUUAAAAACUUGAAUCUAAAGUCAAGGUUUCAAAAUGCCAUUUUCUUUAGUUUUCCGCGUUUGACCUAAAUGUAACAACAUUUACUUCGUGAGCGAAUGAUCACCCAGAACAAAGAGAAUCACGUUCCGACUCACCAUUUCUCACUGCACGUACACCGCAAUCAUCAGCUGCAUCCACCGAACCUUUAAAGGCCACUCCCCAGCGAGCACUCCGGUGCCUGGAACCACUGACCCUCGUGCGAGGCCCAUCCAAUCCAGAAUCAUCAACUACAAGACUCUGAGCGAGCAAUCCCUGCGCUAAUUAGGUGAUGAAGUAGUUUUUCACGCACAUGACAAAGGAAAGGGAUCUGACUCUCGGUCGGCGCCGGAGCUGCAGCUAGUUGAAACACCCCGCCCAUACCUCAAGAUUGUGGCAAGGAUAAAGUCCAUAAAAGAGAUUUCGCCUGUGUGCGACGAAAAGGACGCGGGGUUAGAGGGUCGCCGGCGCCACCGCCUUUGGAUUCGAGCCGGACAGGCACUCUUCAGCACUCUGCCGCAGUCUGAAGAUAGGAGCGGGCAGUAUCCUGUGCUUCGAUUUAACCACGCUCAUCUGCCACGACGUUUGCGUGGAGGAGGGCCUACCUGUGGACCGGGUCCAACCAGGUCUGCCGCCCAAGCUGAAUUUGAUUCACUUGAAGCGGACUUUUGAACCUUUUGAACGUAAUCUAAACUUAGCAAGAGGGGUGAUCUCGUAGCUCAAAUGACAGGCCGCCACAUGUAUGAUAAAGCAUAGACUGCCAUCCCAGUCAUCAAUCCAUCAAUUUGUAUAGAACAUCACUAUUACUCAUAAGCGCUAACGUAUUUAUUUAAACGUUGUUAAUCAUUUCACAACACCCUAUGCGAAGAACAUGAAAAAAUCAUUUGAAUUAGAGGUAAGCUGGGAUUAUAUUUACGUAGUUAGUAUUAAAACUUAAGCCUGAAGUAAUUCCUAAGUGAAACUGAAUUGAAUACGACAACUAAACUUUUAAUUUAUUGAUAAACUUAACGUCUGCAAAAUGUUUGCCUUUUUUAUGGCAAGGUUCCGAAAACGCAGUCGAACUUUUAUAGACCGAAUCAGUGGUCCGAGUUUAAUUAUUUUUAUUUUUACAAAACCU